CUGACAUUCAUCUGCCUUGCCCAAAGCGGAAGGCCCAUGCGUGGGGUCUGGGCUUCUGGACGCAAACAUGUCACGAACAACCUCAAGGUCGACGAGUUGGCCGAUCCGGGGAAUAGAGGCUGCGUUAUCGGUGUCAUGGCACGAGAUAGACCUGUUGCCGCUUCUUGGCCGCCGUGCAGUCACUUGCAUCCUCCGACUGCCACAGCUGGGCUGGGCUGGCCGUCUUGCAAUGGUCCUGGUGCUGAGUAUAAGACCACCAUCUUAGCUCUUCUUCCUAGAAAUACUCUCCCUUUGUUCCAUCAAGCCCAGCAACGGCACAAGCAAGCAUACAUCAAA